GUCUGUUUUUCCAGCCUAUGAUUGUACAGUAAAUACUAUGAGCUCUGCCUCCUUCACCCUCACUGCAGCGAUGAAAGCUCACGAAUAAAUCGAGACAAGCCCUUGGACGUGCUAUAAAACCGUUCACUCGAGCUGAGAUAGACUUGUAACUUUAACUAGCUGGUCCGAGCUCGCAUCUCUCUGGUGGUUGGGUGGAAGAUAAGAAGCUGUUUGAUUGAGAGAGGAACCUGAAUUACCAGAAAACGAAAGAAGAGGGGGGAUUCUUGGCCCACUGCGGUCUGAAUCACCGAAGUCUCGCCCUGACGCUGGUGAAACAUCGACGUCGUUGAUCAUCGACGUGCACAUCCUCACGAGAGCUGAGAAGAAACGGGGAAGGGACGGAACCGGGCCCGAGUUCGAUCCUCUGCCGCAGCCUGAGGUGUGCUGCCUGGCAGAGCAUGCUAAAUAAUGAGCCAAAGGGACACGCUGGUUCAUUUGUUCGCUGGAGGGUGAGUCAAACAACCCGAUACACCUACAUAAUGCUCGUUAAUUUAAAGUCGCGACGGUUAAACGUUUAAAACCCUUCACCUAUUUCUCGUUAUCAACGGUCAUGUUCCUACAGCGCGUGCACGUGCUAAAACGCAAUCAAUUGUGUGGCGUGUGCACGUCAGUCACGUCAGUGUGUGAACUUCCUAUCAGCGUUUCAAAGAGUCACACUCUCGAUAUAAUGUACUGACAGAUAUUAGAAACAGGCAGCCUGUCUGAGCGGAGGUGAAGUCAACCUUAAAUUAUAACCCCAGUCCAACAUCUUCUGAUUCCCUCAAUAGGAAAUUUUGUGUUACCUAACAGAAAAUAUGUCGCUUUUACUUUGAAGGCACGUUUAUUGUGUUUCCGGACGCUUUCUGACUCGCUCUUGAUAACUUGAUAAAUUCUUGCAGAAGCCGCAAAGAUUUUGCAUUUUCUAACCUAGACGUUUGAUUAAAUUGAUUAAAUAAGGUUGAAGUUCCUUGUUUAUGAGUCCUAAAUGGUAUUACUCCACACGUAUACAGGGAAUUGCUUGUUUAUACACUGGUUAAUAAAAUAACCAGCUUGGUCUUUUAUUAAUUUUCCAUUAAUUCCCCCAUAUCUCUAGAUUUUAUUUGGCAAAUAAGCAUUACCAAUCCAGUCCACGUCAUUUAGAGAGUAUAUUUAGACAGAUAACGAUGUUUGACAAAGUUCUGCAUAGAAAUAUAAAAGACCACAGGAGGAAAUAGGCAGAACACUUAAAAGUCGUUAAAAAGUCAAAGAAUAAAAUAACUUAAAAGUCAACUUCAAAUCAUAGACAGCACAAAACUGUUGUGCUGGAUUUAAUGAUAUGGAAUAGGAGUAAGUUUAAAAUCAAUGUAUAAAAAGUAUAUUUUUCUGAGAAUUAGGGACUUUACGUUUUGAUGGAAGGUAAUAUAAGGCUGUGAAACAGUAACAAUAUUAAAGAAGUUCUCUCGAGUGACUGUUUCAACUCAUAAAAAAGGUCACAAAGUAAGGGUAACAAAGUGUGAGUACUUUAGGUGAAGUUAGCUACUCAUCCAAUAGAUUCUCAACAAAUCUCGUUCACAACUUCUUUAUCAAAGACAGUGUUCACACAGACAUAAAAUAAAGCAGGUUUUUCACAAGGUAUAACUACCACAUUUGAAUAUGAUUUGCAAGUUCUCUGCGGCUGCAACCUCUGCUUUCAUCUCUACACCAAAGCAUUGAUAUGUAAAUAUGGUUAUCCCAUCACACUACAACUCCAAUCACUCUUAUCAUGCAUCUUAAAUGUGAGGAUAACACAAAUAUUGCUCUCUUGAGUGAGCAAAAUCAGCUGUGGGUCUCGUAUAAAACCUGCACUCACUGCUCUCUAUAUCAGCAACGGCCACAUAGAUACAUACAAGCUGUAGACAGUGCAGAACUGAAACUAGGCCAGAGGUCACUGCUGCAUGAAUGUGGGUUGGUCUUUUGAAAGGUAAAUAUAGCUGGUGCGAUUGAAAAGACACUUCACGAGUGGAAUUCAUGGCAUACACGGGCUUAUGGCUUGUGUUCAAUUAACCUAAACUGUAAAUCAUUCAAAUUUUUAAUUACAGCUAUGGUUUAGGACUUGCAACUGUGUACUGGCUUGACUGUUAAGCUGUGUGUAUAGAAGUCCUAUUGUGGUAAGUCUGGUGAAAGCAGAAAGGAUUAACAAACCUGCACGUGUGGUACUAGGACAAAACAUUCUUCUGACGCCAUGCCCAGUCUCCUUAAGCUUGAAAAAUUCAGUAUUCAUAACAACAGUAACAUCAAAACAGAUGAUACAAUGACUUGUGCAUUGGAUUUUUUUUCUAUAGACGGAGUCAGGUUUAGGGGCUUGGCUGCAGGUAAACUGGCAUUGCACAACAUUUAUUUUGACCAUCUUUUAAAGUAAAACCAGCUGCACUGAGUCAUAACCGUGUUUACUGAACAGCAUUCAGAAUCCAGUAAUAAACACUCUGGUAACUGGUAACUCACACUUUGCAGUGUCCCGCAUAUCACAAUACAAGGUCAUGAUGUGUUUCUGUUCCUAGAUAAAUUUAGAGUCUAAAGGAAUAACAGAUUAAGUUACUAGUGGUUGCUGUGGUCAAAAAGAGCCACAUAAAAAGUAGCAGGAGUAAUGGCUAAAUAAAGAUGAGAGUUUGACUAAAUAUAGAGACAUAUCUAAUAAAUAGAAUCCCACUUAGCAUAGUCAGAGAUGCUUAUAAAAUAAAUUCAUAAAGUGACAGAUGACUUAAAAAUAUAGACCUCAAUUCAAGGGCCAUAAAGGGUAAUCAUACUUUUCUUUUUUUUUACCUUAUACCUUUUUACCUUCUGUCUUUUCUGACAUCUUUAUUUUUUUUCCUCCCUCUCUCUAGAUGUGGUGGCACAGUGGGCGCAAUCUUGACCUGUCCUCUUGAGGUUGUGAAAACCAGACUGCAGUCCUCUUCCAUUAGUCUUUACAUCUCAGCAGUCCAGCUCAGCACAGUCAACGGGGCCAGUGUAGCCCGCGUCGCUCCUCCGGGACCUCUGCACUGUCUCAAGUAAGAACAAUAAACCAUUUAAAAGUAGGAGAUGAUCAUAAUACUUGUGUCUUUGAACAUGUGAGUAAGUAAGGCAGGUUAAGAAAAGGGUUGGCUCAGGAGUUAGUACAACAACUUAAAGGCUGAUUGACCUACUUGACAUGGUAAAGGCAAAGUGCAUAGGGAAAGUACUGUAUAUGGAGGCAAAGCAAGUCUGCAGCACAGAUAAGACAAAAAACAUACUAAAUAAAUUUGACCUAAUUUUAGCUUUCAAAAAACAUGGAGUUGAACGAAACUGCAGAAGGAAAAGGUUGAAAAGAUUACAGUAUAAAAAUCCUUCUUUUUUUUUUAUUACUGAUACACACAGUCGGUGUUUGUAUUCACAACACAUGCUCAUGGUAGUUGUUGAGCUGAAAACACUCUAAUAAUGAGGCAGGUUGCUUGUAUUCCCUUUUUCAAUGUCCUGCUAACAAAGGUUCCUUCAGUCAAUGACUGUUAUAACCAACACCAGGCCUUGAAUUUUCCAAGAAAAAAAGGUUCUUUAACUUUCUGAUAAAAAAUUUAAUAUAUAAUAGAGGCCUGCAAGUGUGUGUUUACCCCAUUAUCCAACCUGUUUAGUGUUUGUGCUAAUAAAUUGUCAAGUGGCUCUACUUAUUGCUACAGACUUGAGAAAUAGCUUGAAGUGAACUGCCCUAAGGAGCAGUUGCAUAUUUGUUUGGAUUGCUGGUGAAUUUUCCUUCCGCAAAAUUACUAAUUUGUUAGUUAAUGAGAAAAAGUUAAAAGUCUGGCCUAAAGCAUGUCAAGUUAAUUUAGUCUUUCCUGGUAUCAAUCGCAGGGAAAGAAAAAAUAAACCCCGCUCUUAGGCAGCUCUGUAGACUUGUUUAAAACGUAGAAAAACCAGUAAAGGAAAUGUAAAACACAUUGUUACAAUCUUUUUGCAAUAUGAUAUGUCUUCAGUCUUCGCCACUCACAGUAGACAUUUACCGUGAAGUUGGAAUAGAAAGUCUGGGGGUGUCCAUCUGUGGUGUUUAUUUAGAAACUGCUGUGAGUAAUAAUCAUCAGCUGCUGACGGAUUAACAGAGUUAGAGUAAAUAUUUUACAUUCUGGUGCGUUGCUCUGCUCUUGUUCUCUGGCAACAGGUAGCAUGACUGUCAGAGAUCAUGUCACACAGCGCUGACCAUGUGAACAGUACACAAACUACAGAAUGCAUUCAUGCAGACAAUGAGAACAAAAUGAAACUUUGAGCAUAAAAAGCAAAUAUGCAAAGAUGCAGAAAAUAUGCUGAUCUUGCAGUUUGCACAGUUCAGUAAUGCAGUGGUUUACUACUCCCUCAGUUUUGUUUGGCAAGAACAUUGAUUUGUGUUCUCAUUUUGUUGAUGCAAUAAUCUUGAAAGUUUUCUUUGCAUCAUUUAAAGGCUUGUUAAUAAUGUUGGGUUUUUUUUGUUGAAUAAUGUUGUAUUCGAGUCCUGUUUUAUUAAAGCUUCAGUUUAUCAGGGCAUUGUUUGGAGCUCAACUUUAGUCUUGUGCAGGAAUUACAACCAGCUUCUUAUUAUCUUGAGAUACAAAGCUGUAGUAGAAGCUGCACACCAUUAUUAAAUGUCACGGAGGGGAGAAAGGAGAGAACAGCUGUCUGGUUUGGACGGAAAAAAACCCACACGAGUCAAAAGUAGGUCAACGUGCAGCGGAGUGCAUUCAUUGUCCCAUUUUAGAGCAGAGUAUGUGUUGAGUCAUGAUUUGAGAUUUGUGUGGAGAACAUUGUCUCUCCAGUCUCUGUGUGUAGGCAGUGUCUGCAUAUCCAGAAAGAGGUGUGUCACAAUAUAAAUCAUUUUUGUGGACAGAAGUUGAAAUUUCACACAGUGUGGGAAGGAAUUCAAAUCCCACACAUCCACGAGCUGAAGAAAGCAUGGUAGCAUAUUUGCAUAAAGGAUAUCUGGGUCAUGGCUGUUUCUAAAUUGGGGGACAGCUUAGGUGAACCAGCUUUUGUUAAGGCAUACAGUGCUGCCGAAGGGUCCAUAAAUCAGGACCACUCCUAAUGGGGUUACUGGGUUAGGUUGGAAACAUGUAAACAAUCUUUGAACCUCCAUGACAGCAAAAAAUGCACACGUGAGCAGACUCGAUUUCACCGCCAUAAACUUCCAGACGCUGAUGAAACAUGUCACUACACACACGUCAGGUCACGAAAUACGUUGACAUUGACCCUAUUCAUGCAACGACAUAUUGAGUAUCAGGCCAGGCCAAACCACCCUAAAUGUCCCUAUCAGCCAGGACAUGUCAUUGUUGAGUAUCACAAUUUUUUAAAUUGUUUAUUAAAGGAAGAAUUCAUCAGUGUCGAAAUUUAAUCUUUCUUUGCAGAUUAAUCCUAGAGAGAGAGGGACCCCGUUCGCUCUUCAGAGGACUUGGACCCAACCUUGUUGGUGUGGCACCUUCCAGGUACGUUCACCAUCUUCUCCAGUAUUCAGGGAGGGUUUAUAAUCUGCAGGAAUGCCACUUGUGUGAAGAUUAAGACCGUAAAGACUAGACUUUUCCUUGCAUAUCUGAUUACCAGCACAGUAGAGUAGGUCACCCUUUGAUAGCAUUCAGGCUGAACCACUGUAAUCAGUGUUUGAAUGAAGUGUUAUCAGAAUGAAGGCUAAUUUGCGUAAUUCACUUCUCAUCACAUAUCCACUCACCUUGUUUUCACUAUUUGCUCAUUCUAGAUCUUUUCAGUACUUUUUCUUUUACGCUUACUUCUCAUUAGCAGGGCUAUGUCGACAGGGAGUUAAUACAGACAUGAAUGGAGUCAAACCUCACUGCAGUGCAAUGUAAAUCUGUGCUUAGAAUCCAGGAGGGAAUGAGCAGGUUCCUUUAUUCUUGGCUUGGCUGGUGGUGUUGUGUAAUAGCCCGAGCUGAGUCAAUUAAAGUCGGUAUGAAACUGCAAUAACAGCUGGUGGACGCCAGCUGUGACACUGGUCAUGUGACUCUUGAUACUGUUAUGUAUUAACACAAUAAGAGUUCCCAUAUAUAGCCAGUCGUAUCUAACGCCCCACUCUGGCCUGCCAGGUUUUCCCUAGCUACUGCCGCAUCACAUGACUAUUGCCAUCCUCAUCCUGUUGGCUCGUCGAGGUCUGCGUCCUUCUGUCAGACUUAUCCUCUCUCACUCUUAUCUCUUCUCUCUCUCCCCUCUUCCAAUGUUUACCAUUUUAAUAAUUCAAGAUAGUCCACUGGGUCCGUCAUUGUCUGUGCUGUCUGGCGAGGAAGCUGAGGGGUAGAAAUGUCCUUGAGUGUGCGUCCUCUUAUGGGCUAGUUGUACAGCUGUGGAAAUGUCAACAUGUUUCCUGGUCAAAGCUGCUGCGAUCUACGCUAUAAGGAAAUAUAGUUAUGUAAGACAUGAACCUGAUGAACUUAUUACUGCAUGUAAGCUCUUUCCACAGUCCCUCUCUCUCUCUCUCUCUUUCUCACUCACUCUCUCUCUCUUUAUACAUAUAUAUAUUGCAGGUUAAAGAAUAAUUUUCUCAUGUUAUAAUUAGGCAACAGCACUCUGGCACUGGAAAGCUAAAAAAAAAAUUAAUGCUAUCGAGAGCACAGCCCUCUGCACACACUUCUGGCUGCCACUUAUAACAUGCACACACAUUACACAUUGCGUGCAUCCAGAACAGCUCCCUCCAGCAGCAUCACACAUUAUGUAGAUAAGCUGAACAUACAGACUCCUUAACAUAAUUCAUCCCCAUCUGCAGCACGAUGAUGAAAUGCUUGUUUGCUCUUGGUACAGUCGGAGUGCAGAGACGGGAGGUCACCAGUUUAAUAAUGUUGCUUUAACCCUGUGAUUUUAGUUAGAGUGAAAGGGAUAGGCUCAUGGGAGGUAAAUCUGCCACUGAAGCUUGCUAUGAGACUGAAAUGCACGCACACAAACACACUUGGAUGUACACACACGUGCACACACAGCAGCACUGAUCACUUUUCAGUGGCCUGUUUUCACUUUGCAUAUCGGCUUGGCUUAGUUUUGUGACCUAAUUUGGGGAAUAUUAAACAGAUAUAUGUGUAUUAGUCCAGCACAGUUACAUUCAUCCUUAUCUUUGUAUUAAUAAUAUAAUGUGUCUGUAUUUGUAGUUGGCGUAACAUUUAUAGUGCUUUCUUUUUAAAUUCCUGAAAGUCAUGAGUAAUAAUAAUAAUAAUGAUAACAAUAAUAAUAAUUAUUAUUAUUAUUAUAGGUGUAUUAUUAUUAUUAUUAUCAGUGCUGCAAGUGUUUGACAAAAAGAGUGACUGAGGUUUGAAUCCUUCUCCUCUGGUUCGAGGGACUCUUGUUACUCAUUAGUUAGCCUAAUGGCGUCCUGAAUAGCUUACUAACCUUGGUCUUAUUUUCCCUCUUGUUGAUUUUGGUCACAGGGCGAUCUACUUUGCUGCCUAUUCAACAGCUAAGGAGAAGCUCAAUGGGGUACUGGAGCCAGACUCGACCCAGGUGCACAUGGUGUCAGCUGGGAUGGCAGGUAAUGAUGGCUCCUUCUGCCCCUCCCUUCUGUCUGUUCACCACUGUCUGACUGUGAGUGUUAUGUCUGUCCGUCUGUUUGUCUGUCUGUUAGUAUGUCAGUCUGCCUGAGCAGUUAAAUUCACUGAUGGGUUAUAUUUUAAACAUAAAUUUUCAAGAAUUAUUUAGUUUGUCUUCGUAAGACAAAUUUUUAUCUCCUAUCCGUUUUUGUUACCAUUUAAAAAGUCUCCCCGAGUUUUACUUCAUUUCCACCUUUACCCCCUCCCUCUCCAUAUACAUGUGUGGGAUGGUAAGAUUAUCCUGAAAGUUAAAUUUCCAAAGCAUGCUAAAGCUAACUAUCUGUUGUGAGUAGGUAUCUAGUAGCUGUGACAUGCAUAGUCGUUUUGUUUACACACGGGGGGGUUGUCAGAAAGCACAAUUUGAGACUCUCAGGAUCAGACUGACCUCGAUGUUUGUGGUGAAAAUUGCCUCACUUAGUCUGCUGUGAAAAAAAAAUCAAAACUACCAAUCCCUUUAUGUUGGAAAUGAUGUUUACAACAUAUUUCCACUAUUUAAAUAGGUUGUAACUUGGCAUUAACUUGGCAUUAUGGACAUUUUUCUUGAAAUCCCUGACAGUAUGUCAGUCGCUCAACACUUCCAGCUACUCGCUCUUUCUUUGGAGCAUUUCUUUUCAGUAAUAACAGCCAUGUUGUAUCUUGGUGCAGGAUCUCCACAAUUAACUUCCCAGUCAACAUACUGUUGAGGAGACAUACCUUAACAUGAAUAAGAUUCAAAAACUGAAUAAACACAGCGCUCUGACAAUUCCACACGCUGAGCUGUGCCACCGAUGGUGUAAACACUAUAACUGUGUCAUACACACAGCAUUGAGCUGUUUGACAUGAAGAAGAAAACCACACGGUCCUCAAAGUUUGGGUUGUGCUUUCCUCCACUCCGGGCCCCCUUUUUCUCCCCAUGUCCUCCAUUUUAUUUCUUCUCCUCGCCCGUUUUGUUCCCCUUUUGAUUCUUUCCUUUUGAGUCCUCUUCAGAGGACUCUGUAAAUGGUUUAACAUCCCAGUUGUCACUUAAACAGUGUGGUCUGGGCCCCCUUCUUUGCUCUGUGUAUAGAGGAGAGAGCACGGCCCCCAAAGGUCAACCGGGGCCCCUGGCACUCAGGCGGACACGUCAGGUAGCACCCCAUUUCUUUACACUGGUAUGAUGAACACCAUGGUGAUUCUUUUUUUAUUUUUUUAAUAUAAUAUAGGUGUUAUAAAUUUCAUAAUGAUGAAUGACGAGUCACAUGUAAUGAUAAAACCAUUGCUUAUGGCAGUGUGUGUUUGCUACUGGUUUGUAGUAUUAGCUUUUGUAUAUUGCUGAGUCCUGACACACACAGACACACACCCUUCCCAUAGCCUGUUUUCAUAUGUCAUUCACAGUAAAGGUAAAGUCAAGAAGACACAUAUUUCAGGAGCAUUUGUGUUCUCAGCACAAAAGAAAUGCUAACCUUGUCACCGCCUCAGAAGGUUGUAAUUCAUGUGCUCCAUUUUGUCGUCUGUCCUCAUCCAUCAACACUGUUGGUGCCUCUGUUAUUUCUGCAUCAGUCAUACCAGAUUAUCUCUGUUUGAUAUAACCUCCUCUUUUUCUGAAUAGUUCUGACAGUUUAAUUUAAACAACCCUACAAACAGUGAAAUGACCCACCAUUAGCAGAUAUUUAUGCACAUCUAAGUCUUGUCUAGAUGUAAAUGAGAUGUCAGCACAUCUGCUGUGAAUAGCACGAGGCCAUACUGCACGAAUGUGGGACAGUGAUGAUAAACUCACUGUCUCGGUGUUUUUAAUGCAAGCAUAGUAUUGAAAAUGUAUCGCAACUAAGACAGAUUAUAUCUCAUUGGCUUAACACCACAACUUGACUGGAAUGUUGAGAUAAUUACUUCUAGUUUUAUAAAGUAACUCUGUGGAGUAACUCCCUCUCAUGGCCUCUCUGCUGGGUUUCUCUUUACAGAAGGAGAGGUAAACCCGACCACCUCUUUUCUCUUCCAGCAGUUAAUCUAAAGCAUGUUUGCCUUCCCUGAAUGUAGGUCAACCUCCUCUUGAGGAAUUGCACGAGCACACUGGGUCUAUAGAGGGCUCAUUAUGGCCAACAUACAGCAGCACAUUUACUGUAUUCACACAUGCAGCUUAUUAAGUUCAUCACAGGGACAAGUAAGCAUAUCAAGGACUAAAUCAGGGACUGUUUAGGCUGCAUGUGCCGCAUAGUUAUCUACCUAUUAGCUUAUCAGGCAUGCAUUGUUUACUUAUUUCUGAGGUUAUCUGGAGUAUCAUGGAGCGUUGAGAUUUUCUCUGUAAAAAAAAAAAAAAGAUACUUUCAACAUAUUGUAUAUCAAGACAUCAAAGUUAGUGAUAGGCACAUGGUCUAUUAAGCUUACCUGUAACAAGUUAGGGUCAUACCAUGAUUUGAAACAUUACCAAUGAUCAUCAUCAGUGACUUCCACUGUCCUUUUUGUGAUUUCUAAUUGGCCAACCAUUUUGGUCCAGAUAUGUAAUUUCUGAGCUAGCAGGGCAGUCAUUCAUUCAUUUAUUCAUUCAUAUGUCAUCACAUAUUCAUACAAUUUUCUCAUUUGAUCUCUGAUGUCAGGAGAAAAACGACAAGGUUAGCAUUUCCACUAAACCUUUUUUUAACUAUAGCACAGCAAGCAUUUGACUUAGUUCUUCCUCCAGUUUGUGGUCUAUGCAAAGAUAAUAGCACACAGAUUGUAAAGUUGAACUGAGAGAGGUGGAGCUGAAAUAUUUAGUUUCUGCUCAGCCAACUCUGACUUUGUUUGAAUUGAUAAAAUGAGUUAAAGGACGGAGACAUUUCAGACAAAACUUUUCAAGUCAACAUUUGAUACAUGGGGUUUGGGUUUUGAGUUGGGUAAAGAUGGGGGAGGAGAUCAAUCCUUCACCUCCCAUCUUUUCUCCACCUACCUGACUGUACAGUAGCAUGGGCUUAGGUGGGUGGUUUUUGGGGUUUGGGGUGGAUGUGACUGCUGCUUGUGUGUGACUGUGGUACAGAAAAGCCUGUGUCUAUUUUAGGGCUUUACUGUAAAGCUUUCACCCCUGCGUGAUUGGGUGGGAGACCCCCGCCAUCUGAGCCCCCCAUAUCUGCAGGCUACUAGCUGCAGCGGGGAGGAGCUGGAGGAGCUUUGCCCCUCCCUCGUGAGUACACGCCAUAGACGCUACUUCAUUCUACUUCCUCUUUUUGUCCUUCUCUUCCUCUCUUCAACAGACCUGUGUCAUCCUCUCUUCUUCACGCAGUUUUGAUAAUGUAGGGAUGUGUCGCAUUCGGAACACUAGAACUCAGGUCUCUUUAUAGACUCGUCCUCAUCUUAGUGUUGUCCUGCAAAUACUCAUGAUAUUUGUCUCAGGAACUUUGAAAAGAGUUUUUGUGUCAGGUCAUUGAAGAACCAAAGUGAUCAGUAAUUACAUUUAACCCUUGUUUAAUAGAAUUAACAUUAUAAUGUGUCUGUAGUGUUUUAAAUUAACACAAUACACAGUCUGUUUAAUGCAUCAGUCCAUGUAAUACCAUGUCCACUUAUGUACUUAAUGUAUAAUCAGUGAGAAAACUUUGUCACUUUUAUCUAUCAGUCCUUUGAAACUCAGCUAAGAUCAGGAUGAAAGUGUGUAAUCUCAGAGAAAGGCUUUUUCAGCUCCGCUAAUCUGAAGAACCGUUUUAGAAAGUCAUUUCUUUCCCUGUGCUGGGAGAGAGGCCUUAUAUGACAUGGAAAGUUCAUGUCAGAAUUUUCACGGCUAAACUGAAUGCUGUUCUUAAUAUAGUCCUGACUAUCAUCAAUAUUUUCCUGACAAACGCUCGUAUUACAUUACAGAUAGGAGGUCAUCUUUUAUGAAACCAGCAGCCUGUUGUAAAUGUCUCACCAGUUGUUGGCGUCACGAAGUAAACAAAAUAAAGUUAAUUUAAUGAACACUGGCCGACUGAACAGACAGCGACAGGGAAUGUAGAGUCGUGUCUGAACUAAGAAUCAGACCUACUCUGUUGGAAGUAAAAGUUGUUGAAGGUCAGGUUUCUGCUUGUAAAAAGAGACGUUAUUGUAAGUGUUUGUUUUUCAAAGCAAAUUCAAAGCCUUAAUCAUAUUAUGAGGAAAAACAUGCUUCCUGUGUAAGCUCUUUAAGACUGUUUUAAUGACAAAGGAUUCUUGUAGGAAACACAAGCUCUCGUCAGUAUUUCUCAGGAAUAAAUCAGAUUAUAACAGAAUAUGUUGAGGCCUUAGAAGAAUUCACUGCUUGGGCUCAUUUGUCUACGUUUGCAGUUCAAUAUUUCUGAGCUGACAGAUGUAAGAAAGAAACCGCUCACAGCUGCUGCAUUCAUGCACUCUGUUGUUAGUGAAGUCACUUUAAUGUAAGAGCAGAGCUGCUGUUCACAUACGUCUGUGUAGCAUUUCACAUGAAGAGGAUCAAUAUGCCAUCAAUGUUUCAUUAUUUAGGAAAAACUAUACUUCAUUAACUAAUCAUUUAUGAAGUAAUUGAAAGUGCUGAGGAAUAAUCUGAAGUCAUAUGUGCCGUGGUCUUAACAGUGUAGAAAAACACUGAAGCGGAUUGAUCCUGUUUAGUGAAGUGCUUCCUCACUGUCCUUGUACAAUAUAGAAAUCUAGUUUAGUUGAUCUGGUUGUGUUUUAUCAGAUGUCUCUGCUUCUGUCCUAACCUCUGUCCUUUUCUGAAUUUCCCAGGGUUCACCGCCAUCACAGCCACCAACCCCAUCUGGCUGAUCAAGACUCGUCUGCAGCUUGAAACCAGGUGAGGAAUCUGGAGUGUUAGGGCUGGGCGGUAUGGCCUCAAAUCAAUAUCACGAUAUAUUGAGCAGUUCGCCUUGAUAACACUAAGUGGAUGAUAAAUACUCCACAAGCUGCUCCCACAAUAACUUAAUCUACUUCAGCUGCCACUCCAGCCACUACAACUUUUGAACCGUCCUCCAUCUCCUCACCUGUCUUUCCCUCUUUGUUAUGGACUGGAUGGGGUGGAGUCACGUCUCUGAGAUAGGACAGCGUCCAAAAGGGACAUGAGACCAUAGCCUACCUACACACAUCCAAAACUAACUUUUAUUAAUUAAUUAAUUUAUUUGACACUAAAUAUAUUGACACAAAUAAAAUGACGUCGGUAUUAGUAAAUUUUCGGUUAAUCACCCAGCCCUAUAGAGCAUUUGUGUCAUAUGGCAUAAACAUACAGGGGUACAGGGAUGUACAAUCAUACAUCCAUAUAACUAUUAUCAUUAUCAUUAUUUUAUUGACACUGUGGUGAUUAUUUUUAUUGCUAUUAUUACUAUGGUGAUUAAUAUUAUUAUAUAACAUUAUGAUAUAUACUUAAACCAUUAUUGUAGGAGAAAGGGUGGGACUAGAUAAGUCUCAACUUCUUCCCACUCCUUUUUGAACUUGAAUAGCUUUUUGUCAUUUGUUCUUGUAUUCUUUACUUUUUUAUUGUUAUUUUUUUAUAUAUGUUCAAAAUAAACCUUAAUCAACAUUAUUUCCAUCAUCAUGAAAAUGGUUUUGUCACUGCAUUGAAAUUAAAAGUGUGUUUGAUGUGUUUGAUAACAGGAACCGAGGUGAACGACGAAUGAACGCAUAUGAAUGCGUGAAGCGGGUGUACCAGAUGGACGGCCUGAGAGGUUUCUACAGAGGCAUGUCUGCCUCGUAUGCCGGAAUAUCUGAGACUGUCAUCCAUUUUGUCAUCUAUGAGAGCAUCAAACGUAAACUGAUGGAGGCCAAAGCCCACGCCAGCAUGGACGAAGAGGAGGAGUCUGUCAAAGACCCUUCAGACUUUGUGGGCAUGAUGCUCGCAGCAGCAACCUCUAAGACCUGUGCCACCUCCUUAGCCUACCCUCAUGGUAAGUCCUGCUAUAAAGAAGAUUGUUUUUUUUUUUUAAAUUUUGUGGACAUUAAAUUUAAUGAAAUGAUAACAAGUAAUUAGAAAGUCGUUAUUGAACAAUUUAAAAGAUAAUGAAGCUAAUAAACCACACAAUUAACUACAGACAUUUUUAUUGAUACGACAUGAUAUAAUGCUACAUCGACAUCCUUCUGGAUGGGAUUAUAGAUAAUGACAUAUACAAACAAAACUUUGACCGUCUAUAUUUGCUAAAAUGUCCUAUGUCAUUCUUUAUGUAGAAAAGUAUUCCUUUUAGAAACAGGCAGGGACUAAUUUGACAUUCUCAGCAAAGGAGACACUUUAAACUUUAUGUGUUUGUGUGCUGGGCAAAUACUGGGAGGUGGUUGGCCUAACUUGGCAUUAAAAACACAAACAGAAACUAAGUAUGCUGUAACUUGUUUAAUUUGUACACAACAUGAAGGGAAUAGGAGUGAUUUGUUUGAAGCUCUUUGGGGAACUUUCAGUGUGUCUGAUGCCCCCUGUUGACUCAAUAGUACCCCUCAUUUCUUAUCUAUCCUGUAUAUCUCAAUGCUAUGUUUUUUUGACAGAAAUCUCAUCCUGCUUUACUUUGUCUCUCAAGUGUAUCACUAAUCAAAAAGUCUGCCACAGACUAUUUAAAGAAAGACUGUAAAUCACUUGGAUUGACCCCUACCAUCCACAUGUGGUUUCAGACAUAACAAUAUAGAAGUCACUCUAUUGACUUUUAUUGACCAAUAGAAGCAUGCAUCAGCAGGUAGACCAGAAAGUAACUUAGCUCUCCCUUUACUCUCAAUUCGCAGAAGUGAUUCGUACACGGCUACGAGAGGAGGGCAGCAAGUAUCGCUCUUUCUUCCAAACUCUUCUGACAGUCCCCAGGGAGGAGGGGUACGGGGCGCUGUACCGUGGUCUCACCACUCACCUCGUCAGACAAAUCCCCAACACGGCCAUCAUGAUGUGUACCUACGAGGUGGUGGUCUACCUGCUUGGCCGUUAAGUCCACUCAAAUAAACAAAAGACUGAGGAGACCUCUCGUGUGAGUGAAAGCGAGGACAAAUGUCAAAAUGAAGACCAAAGGAAAACCGAAGAUACUCAAGAGGACCAGACGACUAAGAAGAAGGAAGAGGAGGAGGAGGAGGAGGAGGAGGAGGAAGCCCUUUGUUACCGUAUCAGCAUCAUCACCUCCAGCUCCUUUUGUCAGGCUGCAGACAGAGGGUGCUGCAGUUCACAGGAGGGGUAGCACAGGAUGAGAAAGAAGGCACUGACAGGAGAGACGAAGAGAGUUUGUGAAUGUAAGGAAGGAAUUUUAGCACAUUACAGAGGCCUUAGCAAAAAGAGGUUUCAUUUGCGUCCAUCUUUUUACCAGCAGGAGAGGAAAUGUUUUUUUUUUCACUUCAAGAUCAUGGUGAUAUUGUGAAGAGGGAAUGCUUGGAGACAACUAAAGUUACCAGGAAAGAUGAUACUAAUAUAUGAAAGAAAAUAUCAUUUGCACUUUCAAAACGCAUGUCCUUCAGUGUUGUUAGACUACAGAAGCCUAUGAUGAUCACCCGGUAAAUAAUGCUCUUCUAAAGCAGUAUUUCUGAGGCAGGUUUAGAUUUGAGGCAAUGCAUCAACAUGUUUUACUGGAAUCAUCUAUGUUUGCACUACAGAAAGUGUGUCUCUAAGCAUUCUCUUCUAAUCUCUACAGAUAACAGUGGUCUGAAGUUCACGCACAGCAGUGAGUGGACUACCCACAAAAAAACACAACAAAGAGCUAAAAACAAGCCACAUAAACUACCGUAAAUGUAAGAGUAGGCUAAAAUAGCGACAUCUAUUCAGUGUUUUUCUCCUCUAUAACUCAGUGCCUGGUUGUGACAAGCUUCGGCUGAAGUUGGCCUUUAGCUCUACAGUUUCUCUCAUAUGCAAGGCCAGCUUCUGCCUGUCAGUCACUGCUCAGGACGUCAAAACCUUGUGUGAACACAUGAGAGCAUGGUGUCCUCUUUGAUAUGUGAAGAGUGAGAUUGUCCAAAAGGUACCGAGACACAGAUUCUACAUUUGAGUGCCACUACUUGAAUAUAAAGUGACAGAGUGGGAGCGUGCAGAUGGAGAUUUAUCAUCAUCCUAUAAUGUGUGUGUGUGUGUGUAUAUGUGUGUGUGUGUGUGUGUGUGUGUGUGUGUGUGUGUGUGUGUGUGUGUGUGUGUGUGUGUGUGUGUGUGUGUGUGUGUGUGUGUGUGUGUGUGUGUGUGUGAGUGUCUGUCUAACAUGUUAAUCACUUUAAAUGUGAUGACCCAUGUGCAAGUGUGUGUUGGUGUGUCUGCAGUCAUGUGAUCCUGCAUGUAUAAUUGAUGUCUACUCCAGAUUUCCCUCCACUAACCAUUAAUCUUUAAAGAGGCUGCAGUUGUGAGUGUGGAAAAGCUCUGUGCAGCUUUCAUUCCCACCCUUCUGAUGGUCCGUUCUUCCAGUGGCUUCCAACAGACCUGAUAACAUGCACUUUCGUGGCCUUUUGGGGCUUGUGCUUUGCAUUUUACUGUGUGGACAGUUAAAACUUGUACAUAGUAAAAGAAAAGAAAAUUGUAUUACUGUAUAUCAUAAUGGUAUUUUACAUCAACUGUUCUUAAAGCAGAUAUAUUGUACAGUUUAGAGUUCUCAGUAGUUGUGAAGGAUGUUAAUGUGUGUAUAUAAUAUAGACACUGUUUAUGCAUAUCUCUUUUUAAGGCCCGUGUUAAAUCAUGCUGUAGUUUUAAUUUUUGUGCAAUUUCACUUUUUUUCCACGUUGACUGUUAACAUGAUGUUGCUUGGCUGAUUUUUUUUUAAAGUUGUGUUUUUUUUGUUUGUUUGUUAUGUUGCUAUAAGCUGUCAUGCAAACAUCUGUGCAUUCAGGAAAGCAGACAAACACUCCAGGACAAAUUCCUCCAUGCAAGUAUUUGUGCUGCAAUGUUUGUCUGCAUUCAUGAGAAAGUGUUGCAUUUGUGAAGUUUGAAUUUUUCUGUCAUUGGUAAUGUUUACAUCGAUCCUCAUUUUUCUUGCAACAUACAGUACAAAAGGAUUAAGAUUUAGGUACCUUAAUGUGAACGUUCAAGAGCUGGAUUAGUCUUUUAUACCCAUGUACAGAGUUGAACAGCGAGCUGGGACAGUUAAAAACUGAAUUUCAUUUAUUGAGCAAAUGAUUACUUAUCUGUUACUGCAGAGGUUGUCAUAAAUAAUCAGCUAUUCCCACUUUAAGUUACAAAAAGAAAGAACUACCUCUUGGGUAAAUUUGUCAAAAACGCCAAAAUUUUGCAUUUAAGCACCUUAUUUUAUUUUCCCCUGAAUGUUUUAUCAAUGCAUGGUUUCCUCCAGCGUUUAAAAUGUUUCCGUUAACUCAAAGAAAACUGGAUGAACAACCUCAGACCCAGCCGCUGUCGUUGCUCUGUGCGCUCCCUCCGCACAGAUUGAAAGGAAAUUCAGCAAAUCUUCAAGGUUUUUAGAAGAGUGUUUAUUCCCCUGAUUAAAGAAUAUGUGGUGCGUUCAAGUGUAACAGUGUUCUUGAAUGCUCUCAUUUCCUUCUAGGCGCACAGAGGCCUUUGUUGUAACUGGUAAUAGUUAUGGAUUUUCACUCAGCAUUGACACUUAACUCCCACAUAGUUGCUGUCAGUGCGUAAAAAAACGCUGACCCACUGACUUUUAAUGUCCAUGUUUCCUAUAAAACACUAAUAGCUUUUAUGUCUUUGGCUUCAUUUCAGUGAUACUUGAGGUAGAGUUACCAAAAUGUGACACCAUCAUACAACUGGACAAACAAGGCUAAAAAAAAAACUUGAUUCUCUGCCUUUCAUUUCAGAGUCUGUACACAAUUCAGUGUUUUUAACCAAGUAUGCUUGGACAGGGUGCAGCCUCCAACGGGGCUGAUGAAACCAGAAAGAUUGUUUAUGCCAGUUCAGUUGUUGAUGUGUUUUUUUUUUCUGUCUGUUUGGUUUUUUUUUUUUGAAAAAAUAAAAGAAUAAAAAUUACUUGCAAGAAUUUUUUUCUGCAUUUUUUGUUUACUUUUCGAUGUUGUUUGGAGGUUUGUGUGAGUCAAAACAAGGAAAUUACAGUUAAGAGGAUUAUAAAUGCUAAUCAAGAGUGAACCUGUAAACCAAAUUCUACCACUAGAGGGAGCCAAAUAGCUGCUGAAAGAAUUUAAAAACAGGUUUACGCUUGAAACAUAAAAAAUAAAUAAAUAAAAGAAACUGUUUUGUUGUGAAGAUUUAAUACACACACGAGAAACAAUUACUCAUCUUUUAAAAAUUACAAAUCGAUAACAUUGAUUGCUAUUGGGAGCUCCACUGCACCUCUGAUAUCUGGAGCAGAUUAUGUCAGAGAGUGCAGGCUGAAUCUGAAACAAUCCAGCUUUAAGCAGGUUGUGAUUGUAACCAGAGAUUAUAUGAACAUGGUUAUAUGACAUCAUGAGCUGCCAUCGCUUGUGUUGAGCUCCUGUCAGAAUUGUUCAGCUAUCAGAGGACAAAGCACAAAAUGAACCCACUACCUUUGAGAUACAUCAAGUUUCCUUCCUCCGACUAAAUCAGCCUGAGUUUCUGUUAUGACAGCAGAUCAUUUUAUCAGUUGUGUGGUUUUACGAAUACCUGACCUCCUCUUAACUCAAUUCUGAUGUUCAGGGUAGAGGGACAAGACAUGAGGUUAAAGGUGCCUCCAUAAGCUGUGGGAAUGUCAGAUAACUGAAAAUGGCGUUUCAGUGAGAAGUCAGUAAAAACAGAGGUAAAGCAAAGUGAUUUAUGACAGAGUACAUUUGCAGUGGGUGACGAAAAGGUCAGCAUUUGGUAACAAGCUUUCAUGAUAUUCAAAGACAUGUCUGCUGUGUUCAUAAAAUAUUAGAAUGGUAGUCUAUGGAAAACCAAUAUUUGUUUCAGACUGAAAGUUUCUUUCAAAAUGAUGGGUUAGUUGAAAUGCUGAAGCAAGUUGUCCGAGAAAUUCAACUAAACUUUGUUCCAGUUUGGAAACUUGAGAAAAUAAAGUUUCUAUUAGACACCAUGUUCAGCAGCACUGGAUGUAAAUGCUGCCUUACAACCAGAUGAUCCAAGGUUCAACUACUGUCUUUGUUCUGUGUUUUCUAAACCAAUAAUGAACUGUUAAAAUUAAAGGACAAAGAUGGCAACAAUACCUGAGGUCUGUGGCAUGGUGGAUAGAGCUGCUUUCUUUCAUUGAAAUGGUUCUGGGUUUGAGUCCCUGACAGACACUUGUUAAGUGAGGUGUGAAUGAAAUGCGUUUCUCAUACUGCAUUCAGAACCUAGCUGUUAAACAGUUUUAAUCCUGGCUUGGGACUUUCCAUAUGUAGUUGAAGUGUAAUCUUCUUUUCACACUGUGAUCAUAGCUGUAUUUCCCCUAAAAAAGCCAGACAGACAGGCCUGUGGUGAGGUGGUUAGGGCUGCCAUAAGACGGUAAAACUGGUUGAAAUUCUUGUCUGGGACUUAUGUGAGGUAUAAAUAAAUGCUUGGCUCAGAUGCAUCUGACUCAGCCUUAAAAAAAAAACAUAAUUCAGUCUUGAAUUAGUCCCCAGAGGAGCUGACUGCUUGUCUUUUACUCUGCUCUCCAUCUCAACCCCAAGCCAACUGACCUGGGUUUAGGUCUGCUAAUUUUGGAGGCCAGGUCAUCUGACACAGCACUCCGACCCUCUCCUUCUCAGUCAAAUAGCCCUUACAGAGCCUAGAGGUGUGUUUGGGGUCAAUGGCAAGUUGAAAAACAAAUUAUGAACCUACUAAGGGCAGAGCAGGUGGGAUUUCAUGUUGCUGAGGUAGCGGUGCUGAUUGUAAUUGUUAGUAAAUUAGUAACAGUGUUGCUUGCAGGGGGAGUUUUCGUAAAUUGAAAAUCCAUGAAACUCCCAGGCUGAAAAUGAGGGUCACACAGGCAGUAGUAGAGAGGACAGGGAGGGACUUAGUUUGGUGUCUGAGAAAGGAAGAAAAAGGGAAGAAAAAACAAAAGGGUGAUUUUCAUUUU